ACAGUUUCACAAACAUACAGCCGUCACGCUUUACGGUAGGGCGUGCUGGUGUCUGUGGGCAGAACCAGGCAGCUGGCAGAAGGCAAUGCGCAUUGGACUGCCCAGUGCAGAGACACUGCAAGGUGGAUCCUUGAAAGCUUUUGUUGUGACGGUGCUCCUCAGUGUGUUUAUGUUCCAGUUGCUGAGGACUGUUGGACUGAGGGCGUUUUCCAUGGCAUCUGAGACGUACACGUCGGGCACACACUCUGCCGCCUUUGUCACUUGUCCUAACGACACAGUGGCUAAAGACUUGGCCAGGGGUAUUGUGGAAAAGAAGCUUGCUGCUUGUGUCAACAUUGUCCCAGCAAUCAAAUCUGUAUAUGAAUGGCAGGGUAAGAUUGAGGAGGACAACGAGGUGCUGCUGAUGAUUAAAACAAGAAGUUCCAAGGUACCUGCUCUUGCUGAAUAUGUCCGCUCUAACCAUCCUUAUGAGGUGGCCGAGGUCAUCAGUAUGCCUAUUGACCAGGGCAACCCGCCUUACCUCAAGUGGAUAGGAGAUGUUGUCCCUGAGUAAAGAUGGACUGAUGGAUGAGUGGAUCCAUUAUUUGACAAUACUCAAGCACAAUAAAUACACUAUCCAAAAAUGUCAUGUUAUUUCUAACUGCAAAAGUCCAGGACUUACAAAAUAAGAAAAAAAUGUGCAUUGUGUAAAAAAAAAAAAAAAGCAAUACACUGGGUGUUUUGAAGUUAUUAAAACUAUCAUGUUAUCUAAAAUAUUUCCUCUUUUGUUGUGUUCCGGCCAUCAUUUGAGUCUUGUAAUAUUUUCCCUUUCUAGUAUGUUAGCCUCUAGAGGGCAGUGCUGGUCUUUCAUUUUCAAAGUUAACCAGGUGCAGAUUGAGCUGUGUUACACUGUUCACCUGUUUUUACCUGCCACUAAAAUGUUGUAAGUGAACAGACAUCAGUUAGAUUCCAGAUCUGUUUUACAAAAGAAGCUUUUCCAAUAAAGUGGAUGAUUAUUUUU